AUGAAUGUUACCGACAUGUUUGACUUUCCGACGACGAUGAUGCCUGAGGUGUCGACUGCGGCGCCUGACAUCAGGACCUGGUUGACGGAUUUAAUAGUCCAGAGAGCAGCGAUCCAGGGCAGUUUCUUGCAAGGUUUCCUUGCCUCCCUUUCCGUGGUGGUAGUCUCGGAAUUGGGAGACAAGACCUUCUUCAUAGCGGCUAUUAUGGCCAUGAAACAUCCGAGGAUUAUAGUCUUUGCCGGUGCCAUAUCUGCACUGGUGUUUAUGACAAUAUUAUCAGCUGCCUUCGGAUGGAUAGCCACGGUCAUACCUAGAGUCUACACCUACUACGCAAGUGCUGUGUUGUUCGCGAUAUUUGGUAUAAAAAUGUUAAGGGACGGUUGGAAAAUGGACCCCAACGAAGGUCAAGAAGAAUUAGAAGAAGUACAAAGUGAAUUGAAAAGAAGAGAAGAUCAGGAAGCGCAAAAAGAGCGUUCGAAUUCGCCUGACGCGACAUCGGUGGUGACUUCUCAUUCACAAAGCCCGACGCCUUCGUCCCCCGAAGUGGAGAGAGGGCCAGUGUCCCCCGCGGAGCCCGUAGCGGGCAGCUCGGCGCAAUCAGAACCGCUGAGGGAAGAAAAAGAAGAGACCUUAGACAUGUUAGAGCAAGGUCAGGUUGAAAAUAGACGGCGGAAACGAAACGCCGUACUGAAAGUGUUACUGCAAGCUGCGUCACUGACCUUCUUGGCUGAAUGGGGUGACAGGUCACAGCUUGCGACCGUUGUGUUGGCGACGAGGGAACAUGCUGUGGGUGUAGUAGUCGGUGGCUCCCUUGGCCACGCGCUCUGCACUGGAUUGGCUGUGAUAGGCGGCCGGAUGGUUGCUGCCAAGAUUUCUGUUAGGACUGUUACCAUAAUCGGUGGUCUAGUGUUCCUGUUCUUCGCAGUCAGUGCCUUUUUCAUUGGGCCCGGUGAAUAA